AUGACUGUCAAGAUGAAGGCAUACCGAUUGUCUUUCACGCUAUCGAUGCUGAUAAGAGACAAAAGCGACAAAGUAAAAGAGCAAAUCCGCGACCAACUUAGUCAGGAAACUAUAGUUGGCGGCUUCUCUCUUGAUCCGGUAUAUCAGGUUACUGAGGAUGCCGAUAUUAUAACAGUCAGUAAUAAUCCUAAGGAAAACAUCUCGGAUAUUCAAUACAUUAUCCAUGUGCUUUUUCUCAGCUCUAUCCGCGAUACAGCAGGGUCCUCCCUUUUAGAAGGCACAGCGCGCCUCUUCACGGCAUCAGUUGUCUCUCACCUACCGGCCAAUGAAACCCUCACUCUCAAGUUCUUUAUCCCAAAGUCCCCUACUUGGGCGGCCAUCCGCCCCGCUCAAAGUGAAGUUAUUAAAGCUCUAUCCUCUCAAUCAGCCAAAGAAGAGAACCGAGAAGAUCACUUCCCUAUCGGCGCGCUACACACCUUCUAUGCAGGCGACGAACAAUCCCCUGCAGAACACCACAUGACGCCACAACUCAUUGUCCUCGAUCGCGCCAAGUUUGUCUCCGAGGCUGGAGUUUAUUUCUACAAGGCGUACUGGGAUUCGACCGGAAAUGUGAACCUCUACGCAGCGGAUGCUCCCGAUGAUACGCAGGUUUCGCGUGGCGUGGACUUCGGUACGACUGCCGGACGGUUGGGGCUAGUGGUUCCUGACAGGUAA